AUGUGCUCAUCAUCACCAAGAAUAGAGUCCAAAACAUACCUGAAUCAUAACCUCAUCCCCCUCCCCGGGCCCGCCCCUGUCCCCCAACACCUCCCCCUCCACAGUCCCUCCACCCGCCAUCGGCGUAUCAACCAACACAUAAUCCCCAGGCAUCCCCAUGAUCCUCUUCACCCCCAACUCCCCACUCGUACUAACAGGAAUCUGAUAAACCACCAGAUCGCCCACCUUCACUCCGUUCCCAUAUUUAUGGAACCGCGACACAACGAGCCACUCGCCCACCACUUCAAAGGUGGGGAGCAUAGAGGGGCCGGAGGCCGGCGCCAUGGAGAGGACGUGUUCGAGGAAGAGGUGGGUGAAAGCGAGCAGCUUGAAGGUGGAGAAGAGCAUCCGAAAGGGGUGGGAGAGGAGGCGGUGGUAGGGGGAGCCGAGAACUUGGUCAAAGUGCUGGAGCCGGGAGGAAAGGAGGAGGGUGACAGGGUGGGUGCGGAGUGCGUGGAGGAGGCGGGAAAAGAAGCCUUGAGGGGGUGGUGGGUUGGGAGGUGGCGUUUGGUCGACGACAUUGUGCCCCUGGGAAAGUGUCCGUCGUUGGAAGAGUGUGGGGCGCUCAAGGGUGCCCGUGCACAGUGCAGGGGAGCUUCGAAUUGGAGCUCCGUGGUUGGCUCGAAAUGCUCCGGAUCUGCAAUUGCGCUCCUCGAUCCAGAGUGUUUCUGGUUUAGUGUAGGCUCGUCAACUGCCACAGAUCCUCUUCUUCUUUCCCCGCGACGACAACUUCAACCUUCCUCGACAUUCUCAACCCUUCCUCGAGUUCCUCAACCUCAUCGCGAACUCUUCCCGACGCACCAACAAGCCGAGUCCAUCAUGAGAGCCUCCCCUUGCCUCUACAAUUCCGCAGCUGCCCUUCGGAGGGUCUUCCUCGAAAGCGCCUCCGCUUCAGCACCCCUGCUGCUCCAGACGAUCCUACUUCCUCGCCUCUCAGUUGCCGCCGCGACUGCUACCAUCCUCAACCAGACACGAUGCCCAUUCUCGACUCAAGGCGCUCUCCAGGUGAAAUGGGGAAAACGAAAACCCGGUCAAGACGAGAAGAAGGACGCCGGCCUGCCCCGCGACCUGGCGAUUAAAGAACCCUGGGUAUACCUGCGCGGCCUAGACGGCAGGCUCACGGAGAAGCAACGGCCAGCGGACAUUAUCAACCGGUUGGAUCGCAUCCGAUACAGCUUGGCUAUGGUAUGGGCGCCGCCCAAGCCAAAGCCCGGCGAGCCCGAGCCUGAGAAAGACGAAAACCUGCCCGACUGGCCCGUGUGCGUCAUCGUCGACCGCCGCGCCGAGGCCGCUGCUCUGCAGGCCAAGGCCAAGGAGGAACGCAGAAAGCAAGUGAGCAAGAAGGAGCUGGAGAUCAACUGGGCAAUUGCGGCGCACGACUUGGGAUUCCGCACACGGCAGCUCCAGAAUUUCUUGCGGAAGGGUCACAGGGUGGAAAUCAUGCUGCUGCAAAAGAAGGAUAAGAAGCAGAAGAAGACGGCGACGCAGGAGGAGUGCCAGGAAGUGGUGCGCAUGAUUAGGGAGGCGGUUGCCGAGGUACCCAAGGUUCAGGAGGUGAAGCCGAUGGAUGGACAGGUUGGGAAGGUAGUGAGGAUGGUCUUCCAAGGCCCUACGCCUAAGAAGAACAAGGAGGAUGCAGCGGCUGAGGAGGAGGAGAAGGAGGAGAAGGAUGAAUAA